AUGGCGGCUCCUCCGCCGCGAGGACUCUCCCUCUACGACAACCUACUCGAUCCCAACGAUCCCUCUCCAUCAGCUACCAUCUCCUCCGCGCCAGUGACAUACAAGCAAGGCGCGCCUGCAGCAGAUGAACAAGCAGCGAAGAAGCCCCUCAAUCCCGCGCUUCAAUUUCAACCCAUACGGCGUCCACAAGUAAAACAGCCCAAAGCCAAGCCGACAUUCCCCAAAGCGAUCCCAAGGACUGCGCCCACCGCAGCCCCAGCAACUACCACAACAGCUCCCGGAGCUGCGCAGUCAAUACCACAUCAGAGCACUCUUGCUGAUUGGGCGGUAACGGAGGAAGAUGAAUGGAUGUACGGCGUUGGAGAGAAGCGCCAACGAGGCGGUCGCAGAAAGAAGAAGAAGAGGCAGGAGCAGUUCGAGACAGACUGGGACGAGAUGUACGAUCCAUCGAGACCGACAAACGUGGACGAGUUUCUCAAAAGCGAAGAAAAGGUAGAGGAAGUGCGAGAGUGGAAGGGAUUGUUAUAUCGACACCGAAAGCGCCAGGAAGAGAGUGACAUCUCAGACUCAGAAGAGGAGGCAACCCGUGCAGCACCCUCAAAUCAGUUUGCGCCACCAGCUUCAUACUCCUUUGCGCCGCCUCCAAGGUCUCCCCCAGCUGCUCCACCGCAAGACGAAACCGCAGACGACGCCUAUGCCCGUCGUCUCGCCCUCUCAACAACCCAACAAGUUCCUUCGCCUCAACCUUUCGAACCAUCACCACCUCCUCCACCGCCUCCCCCUCAAACGAACAAUAACCCAUCUUAUGCUCCUCCUCCACCACCACCCUCAGAAUCCACUACAAUAUCCAAAGCUCCCGUCCGCUACACCCAGACCCCACCAACCAACACCAACGGCGACGAAGACGAAGGCUACUCACCACCGCCCAGCUUUAACCGCGCCGAAGACGAUGACGACGACACCGAACAGCCGCGAACCAACCGCCCCGGCCAAGUCGGCUUCGCGCAACGCCUCAUGUCUAAAUACGGCUGGACAAAGGGCAGCGCCCUCGGCGCCAACGAAUCCGGCAUCCUCAACCCGCUCCGCGUCCAGGUGGAAAAGAGGCGCAAAAAGGCCGACGCGGACGGCGGCGGCUGGGCCGAGCCCGCCAACAAGGGCAAGAUAUUCGGCGGCAAGCGUAAAGAAGAGACGGGCAAGUUCGGCGUCAUGAGCGACGUCAUUGUCCUCCAGAACAUGCUCGAGAACAUGCCCGACCUCGAGGCUGAGAUCGCCGACGGCCUGGGCCAGGAAAUCGGCGGGGAGUGCGGUGAAAAGUAUGGGCGAGUCGAGAGACUAUACAUUGACGUGGACACUCGCCAAGUCUUUAUCAAAUUCACGGACCAAGUAUCCGCAUUGCGAGCAGUCAAUGAAUUGGACGGGCGUGUUUUUAAUGGCAACACUAUCAUCCCAAAGUUUUACGACUCUGAGAGAUUUGAACAAGGCAUCUACGUGGAUGCAACAGCAUGA